AUGCUCAUAUCAAAGCUCGGUCGAAAUUUCGUUUCGCGUGGAAUACUUCCAAAAGUAAGCCCGGCUGGCUCACUGAGCUUGCGAAAAUCAGCUCUAAAUAUAGGGUGUCGCGAUGCAAGCAAUAGUUCAAAAGUACAGGGUAACGUAGUAGGCAUUGAUCUUGGCACGACAAAUAGUUGUGUAGCUGUCACGGAGGGGAAGACGCCUCGUGUUAUAGAAAAUGCUGAAGGUGGCCGAACAACACCUUCUGUUGUUGCUUUUUCCAAAGACAGUGAAAUAUUAGUUGGGUUACCCGCUAAAAGACAGGCCGUUGUCAAUCCUCAAAAUACGUUUUUUGCCACAAAACGAUUAAUUGGACGUAAAUUCAAGGACAAAGAAGUUCAAGAUGAUAUUGGACAUGUGCCAUACAAGAUUGUUGAACACACGAACGGAGAUGCAUGGUUGGAUUCACGAGGGAAACGAUAUAGUCCUUCACAAAUAGGUGCCUUUGUAGUGACUAAAAUGAAAGAAACUGCAGAAUCAUAUUUGGGUAAAACCGUAAAGAAUGCCGUUAUUACAGUACCUGCUUAUUUCAAUGAUUCCCAACGACAAGCCACAAAAGAUGCCGGGCAGAUUGCUGGUCUUACUGUUCUUCGUGUGAUCAAUGAGCCGACUGCUGCUGCGCUUGCCUACGGUUUAGAUAAAAUAGGUGAUAAAAUUGUAGCAGUUUAUGAUCUGGGUGGUGGCACAUUUGAUAUUAGUAUAUUAGAAAUUCAAAAAGGAGUAUUCGAAGUUAAAUCAACAAAUGGUAAUACCCACCUUGGUGGAGAAGAUUUUGAUAGCACUUUAGUCCAAUACAUAGUUGAUCAAUUUAAAAAAGAGCAAUUCGUUGAUUUGACCAAGGAUCCUAUGGCUAUUCAACGGAUUCGUGAAGCUGCAGAAAAAGCAAAGAUUGAGCUAUCGUCUACUAUCCAGACCGAUAUAAAUCUUCCAUAUAUUACAGCUGAUGCUACCGGACCUAAACACAUCAAUAUGAAAAUAACUCGUGCUACAUUCGAAUCUUUGACCAAAGGACUAAUUGAUAAAACUAUUCGACCGUGUCAACUAGCUUUGAAAGAUGCCAAUGUCAAUACUAAUGAGAUUAAUGAAGUUAUAUUAGUUGGUGGUAUGACGCGUGUGCCAAAAGUGGUCGAAACAGUCCAGGGAAUCUUCAAGCGAGAACCAUCAAAAAGCGUUAAUCCCGAUGAAGCAGUUGCUAUUGGAGCUGCCAUCCAGGGAGGUGUGCUCGCCGGUGAAGUCACGGAUAUUUUACUAUUAGAUGUUACUCCACUUUCCCUCGGGAUCGAAACGCUUGGCGGUGUAUUCACACGUCUAAUUAACAGAAACACGACAAUUCCGACAAAGAAAUCUCAAGUGUUUUCAACUGCAGCUGAUGGACAAACGACCGUCGAAAUCAAAGUCUAUCAAGGAGAACGUGAAUUGGUUAAAGAUAAUAAAAUGCUCGGAAACUUCCAAUUGACAGGAAUCCCCCCGGCACCAAAGGGUGUUCCUCAAAUUGAAGUGACAUUUGACAUUGAUGCAGACGGUAUUGUUAACGUCGGUGCAAAAGAUAAAGCAAGUGGAAAGGAUCAAUCAAUUACGAUAGCUGCACAAUCUGGCUUAAGCAAAGGAGAAAUAGAAAAUAUGAUUCUCGAAGCCGAACAACAUGCAAAAUCCGAUCAGGAACGAAAAGAAGUGAUAGAAGCAUCAAAUCAUGCAGAUAUGGCAUCACACGAACUUGAGAAAAAUCUCGAAGAAUAUAAAGAUCAAAUUGACGCUCAAGAAUCAGAAAAAAUAAAAUCUAAAAUCCAAGAAUUGCGAGAGUUUGUCGCACAAGCACAAAGUGGCCAGAUUAGUGUAAAGGGAGAAGAGAUCAAGAGCAAGAUUAAUGAAGUACAACAAGCUGGACUGAAAGUAUUCGAAUUAGCAUAUAAAAAGCGCGCGGAAGCACAAUCAAAAGGAAGUGAAAGUACCGCUGAAAGCAGUUCGGAGGCCGAAUAUCGAGACGUAAACGAGGAAAAGAAAUGA